ACAGAAUCCUUUCAACUGCAAGAAACAUUCAUGCAUCACCAUGAGCAUUGCUGUCCGUACACGACGCGCAUAAACCAAUCCAUCAAAGCUACUGUGACUGCACCGAUCCAUCCUACUGGAUGCAUCGAUCUCCCUUACCCCCAAUCGCCCCCUCUCAGCUCAUCCGAGCCACCAGCACCAUCAGCACCAUCAGCAGCAGCAUCAGCCGUGGUCGUGCUCGCAGGCCCACUCCCUGUGCUGACGCCAUUGGUGCUGGCAUUGGCAUAUCCGCUGCUCUUGUGUUUGGGCAUGAAUGUGAAGUCCUUCGGCACCGGCCCCAGCAGCAUCUCGCUGAUCUCGAUCCAGUCCUUGACAUUGGUGGACGCCAUCUUGGUCUCGAGGUCGUUGCGGCCCACGAAGGGGUCGGGGCGCAGGUUGAUGUGGCACGGCACACGCUCGAGUAGACCGACGGGGAUGUAACGAGACAGGAAUGACAGCCACUCCAACAUAAACCUGACGUAUCCACACAACACAACACGACAGAAGAACAGGUGCACACUCGCCUGCCUGAGCAGUGAGUUUGGUCGUCGCGUCACCUGCUUACCGUCGUGUGGUAGCGACGCCUUUGGGAUCUGAGCCCCAGUUCUCCAUGCCGAACUUGGCGUAGUCUCGCAGGAUGUCCAGACGCUCUGACGCAGAAAUGUCCCAGUGCCGCUUCUCACGGAUCUCUGAAUGCAUCAACACAAGGGCGACGCGAGUCACAGACAGGUCAGUGCUGCUAUCCCUCCGUGUGUGCGGUAUCUGACCUACCUGUGAAUAUCCAUGGCUUGAUGAGGGCCCCUCUUGCCACCAUGAGAGAGUCGGCGCCCGAGUGCAGCAAAUGGUCCUCGGCCUCCUCCCAAUUCAUGAUGUCACCACAGCCGAUGAGGGGCACCUUCUUGAGGGUCUGCUUGCACACUUGCAUGUAAUCCCAAUCGGCCUUCUUGGUGUAUCUGAGCCACACACACACAGAAGCCACCCAUGACUCAAUUGCGUGUUGUGUGUGGCUCUCCAGCCACGUGCGUACCUCUGCUUGGCCGUCCGCGCGUGCAGACAGAUGGCCGACACGCCCCACUCCUCCAGCCUGACGGAUGGAUGGAUGCCACAAGGACACACCACAGAGAUGGAGACGCAUUGUUGCCUGCCCUGCAGGGACCGAUCGUGUGUUUGUGUGUACACGCCUACUUCGGCAUGAGGUUGUGUGCGGUGUAUGAGGGCUCGUUGUGGGCGUUGCGCAUCUUGAUCGUCAACGGACACGCAAGAAUCGACGACAUACCUGCAGAAUCCAACACACCGUAACAUCCACAUGUGUGCGGGUCUUGCAUCCACAUCAAUAUUCUGGUCGGUCAUACAUGUGUGUGUCGGCUGACUGACCUCUGACGAUGCCCUCCAACCUUUGUGGUUUGGUGCUGAGUACCGUCCCCGCGCCCCACCGGUGCACCUGGUCCAGGGGGCACCCCAUGUUGAUGUCCACAAAGUCGCACGACACAUGCUCGUCAAGCAUCUCGGCACACCUGACCACAUGCAGACAUUACAACGAUACGAUGAUGUGUGUAUCUGGCUGGUGCAGGAGUGCCGGCAUGUCUGUACCUGGUCAUGACGUCGGGCCAUCCGCUGGCCACCUGCACGCCAAAGCACUUCUCUUCCUCGUGACGCCUGAUCAUGACACAACGCACACACAUGAAGCAGCGGCUGGCUGGGUGCAGGGCGUGGUGUGCGUGUUGCCUUACUUGAGCAGCGCCCACUCUGACGGCUUCCCCUGCAGCAGCGAAUCAGCCAACGCCAUCUCACCCACCUGACACACACACACACACACACACACAUCAGCACACACAGACACAGAAUCCAUGCAGGCCUCACUCACGGACGGAAAUUUCAUCCCACCCACCGUCACGUCAGCCCCCAAUCUCCUGCACAGCCGCCUGAACGGCAGGUUGCCGACGGUCGUCAGCGGAGCCAACACCAGUUUCCCUCUCAGAUCCAGCGACCUGCCCUCGCGCCUUCUGUCCUCCCAUGUGGACACAAUGGCCGCCCCGAUAGACGGGUCGGGCGGCAGGGGAGCGCUUGGUGGGUCGGGGAGGGGGCUGCUGGUCUGCUUGGCCUCUUGCAGGGAUGUCCUGUAGGCCUCCCAUGUCUGCACAAAGGCCUGUGAGCGGGGGUAGGAGUGCCGCUGCUUCCGAAGCCGGUGCUUGAUGUCAUCGGUCAGCUGGUUGGUCACACCGCAGCUCUUGAGGUGGCCAUCCAUCAUGGCUGGCGUCACCAUCUCACCAUCCUUCGUCAAAUUGCGGCCUGCAAACACGCGUAUAUGAAGGCGAUUGUGUGCUCGACUGUCCCUGUGCUUCUGUCACCUUGUGCGUCGAUAUGUUUGCCGCCGAAUCGACAGUUGGCACCCGCCAUGCACAUGCCGAACUUGUCAAACACAGGACAGUCACCGCCCAGAUCAGGUGGACGGACCUGCAGACAGACAACAUACAACACAUCCAUGAUCAAUCGGCAUCGAUUGGUUCUGCGUAUGCACGUGUGUGCGUACCUCCAUGAAUGCAGCCAGGUCGUGCUUGAACCGGCACUUAUCGCCGAACGCACACUCUCCCAUCCCCGCCACUCUGCCGCACAUCUGCUCCUCUCGGUUCUCCUGGUGUAACCGGCGGUUCUCCCGCCUCUCCUUGUUCUUGUUCUGCCCUCGCACUCGCUUGCGGCUGCCCUUGUCCUCUGCACUCCGCUUCUGAGGCAACGUCGUUUGCUUGCCGUCAGCUGCUUGCUCGGUGCAUGCGGCUGGAUCAUCACGGCGGGAUGCAUCUGCAUCAGCAGUGGAGGGGCGCGGUGGGCGUGGGAUGAUGAAUUCGGCCUUGAUUGGAGCGUUGCCUCUGGCAAUGAUGGCGUCGAUGCGUUGUUGUCGCUCUUCCUCGGUCUCUGACGAUGCCAUCUUCUUCUCAGUGAAGCACAAGGACGCCCCGAAG